CUAAUCCCCAUCCGUCUCGACCUCGACAUCGAAGGCAUAAAAAUGCGCGACACCUUCACAUGGAACCUCAACGAGCAACUCCUCCACCCGCAAACUUUCGCCGAACUGUUGUGUGAGGACCUGCAUUUACCUGCACAGUUGUUUGUGCCGGCCAUUGAGAAGAGUAUGAGCGAGCAGAUCGAGGAUUUUUAUCAGGUGGGGGGUGGGGGGGUGGGGGGGAGGGGGGUUGUUGGGGAUGCGGAGGGAGAGGGGCAGGAAGAGGUCCUGGAUAAGCCGGAGUUGAGGACUGUUAUUAAGUUGGAUAUAACGGUGAACAACCAUACGCUCGUUGACCAGUUCGAGUGGGAUAUCAACUGCAAGCGGAACAACCCUGAGGCGUUUGCGGAGCAUAUGUGCUAUGAGCUGAAUUUGAGUGCUGAGUUCAAAACAGCAAUAGCGCACCAAAUCCGCGAACAAGUCCAAAUCUUUGCAAAAUCCCUCCUCCUCACCGACCACAACUUCGACGGUCUCCCCAUCGACGACGAGGAAGUCGCCGCGGCCUUCCUCCCGCCCCUCGACAGCGACACGGUUCUGAGAUCGGCAAAGAAUAAAGCGCUGUUUGGACCGUAUUAUAACCCGGUGUCUGAUUUUGAGAUUGAGCGCAUGGAGAGGGAUCGCGAGAGGGAUACUAGGUGCGUUGGGGAGUAUCGUCGCUGA